UAUGACCUAAUUCUGAACGCAGAUUUUCAAAAAAAAAUUUUUAAUGUCCGAAAUUGGGUUCACUCAAAAUGGCUCAAACAAAAAACCUGAAAUAAUGCCCCGAAACUUAACUUUCCUUUUUCUAAUUUUUUUUUUCCCUUUUCUUGUAAAAAUUAAAAACCCCGGUCGCAGUCUACUAAAAAAUAAAUUUAUCUUUAAAAUAACCUGCAUGACCAUAACGGUCCAAGUUUGCCAACGUAAUUAGACAGUCUUUGUUCAUGAUUACGAGUAUUUAGCGCAUUUAAUAGAACACACAUAAAGUUUUGUACAGUUAUCAGCGGCGAGUCUAUAUAGGAAAGCAGAAAGUCGUUAAAGGAGUCACAGAUUGUCCAUAACGAUGUUGCGCUCGCUGCUGUUCAGUUUGGCAACUCUUGCGUCAGCAUACGCCGCGGGGAUUCCCGAAAUCACGGGCUACUCGAGAGUUUCUAAAAACGGCGCUAGUGGCGCAGUGGCGGGCAGUGACGCGCGUAGUUUGAACCUGUCGCCGGUCUACAAGCCGGGAAAUAACUUAAAAGUUCACAACGGCGAGGUCAUCGAUUAUCCUCCGACACAAAAGUACUCGACCUUGGACGAAGAAAUGGUGGCAAAAUUGGAUGGGAAAGCGAGUCGCCAACAGGCUCAAGACAGGUUCCAUCCACCAGCGAGCUUCGAGCAUGUUUUAGCGCACUCGAAUGCCGCCGGUUCUGGUGCUCUUAGACUGCAGAGACCGUCAGACCUGCCAGGGUCGUCGAGCUCUUUGGCCUCUCAAUCCUCAGGUUCAUCAUCCUCUAUUUCUUCCGGUGGUUACGCCACGCUGCCGCAACGAGUUUACUCUUCAAAUACUUAUCAGUACCCCGACGACUCUAAAUUAUCAAAAAAUAAUGACAAUAAUAAUAAUAACAAUAAAUUAAACAUAAAUAAUAGUAAUAACCAUGAUAAUUUGCCUUCUAUUACUGUUGAUGGAUACUCUAUGUCUGAUGAUUCUUAUUCCAAGCUACCAGAUACAUAUGGAUUAAAAAAUUAUAAAGAUAAAAAACUGACGAGUUAUCUUGAUAAACUGCCAUCUAAACCGGAAUACCAACCAGUGCCAGGAUACAUAGAUCCUGAUGAUCCAUACUUACCUAAUGAUAAUGAUAAUGCUGAUCACAGUCAUGAUCACGGUCAUAUUCACGACCUGACAUACCCACAUGAGUAUAUCUUCGAUCACCCACCGGACGAUUUCUAUCACCACUUCACUAGCACAACCACCGAGGAGCCAAUGAACGACCAACGUCUCAAUAAACGUCCCUACUCGUACUAUUAUAUCGGCAAAAAACUCUGGUACCUGCCAUUGUACUUCAGUAUUUAUUUCAUUAUUUAUAUCGCCGCGCUGGUGCUAAAGAGCGUCGCCAGACACAAGAUUAAUUUUCCAGCAAAUUUAGCGGAAGCUGCGGGUGCUAGGCAACUUAAUGCGAAUAAUAAUUUCGCCUGGUCGGAUCUCACUCACCGAGUUUUGGAAUCGAUUGAAAAAUUUUCUCUUCAUAAUAAAAAUUUGAAUCAUACAAUUGUAAAAAAUGAAAAAUAAAUUUUAUUCAAAUUAUUUGAUUGAUAAAUUAUUUGACUCAAAA